CGGGCUUCAUAUAUCCUGAGAAACACCACAGGCGAGUCUUCCCCAUCCAUAGAGGGAGCUUCCCAUUCCCAGGGCCGCUCUGUGCUUCCCUCUCCUUGUUUGGGAUAUACGGGAACUGCAGCGCUUGACAUUUCACCCCCCUGUGUGAGCGCAGCACUUGGUCGCACCGGUUUCGACGACUUUUGUUUAUGUUUCCCUACUGAGAGCCGAAUCUCCUUCGGGUCCGGCUCCGAGACACAAGUGAUAAUGGAUUCCAGGCCCGGCUACCAGCGAGGGAACAGUAACCAUCUCGGCUACGGGGGCUCGGCCUCCAACUCCCCGGCUCUGACUGGUGCUCAAGCGGCCCGAAGGCGGAAACAGCCCCUCCGACCGGCGGACUUCAAGUUACAGGUCAUUAUCAUCGGCUCCCGAGGCGUCGGCAAGACCAGUCUCAUGGAGAGAUUCACGGACGACACGUUCUGCGAGGCGUGUAAAUCCACAGUGGGUGUUGAUUUCAAAAUCAAAACUGUAGAACUAAGAGGCAAGAAAAUUAGGUUACAGAUUUGGGACACAGCUGGCCAAGAACGAUUUAACAGCAUAACAUCCGCCUAUUACAGGAGUGCCAAGGGUAUCAUAUUAGUUUAUGAUAUCACAAAGAAAGAGACAUUUGAAGAUCUACCAAAGUGGAUGAAAAUGAUUGAUAAGUAUGCAUCUGAAGAAGCUGAACUGCUUUUGGUUGGAAAUAAACUGGACUGUGAAACUAACAGAGAAAUUACAAGGCAACAGGGAGAAAAGUUUACACAGCAGAUAACUGGGAUGCGAUUCUGUGAGGCAAGUGCCAAGGACAAUUUCAAUGUAGAUGAAAUCUUUUUGAAAUUGGUUGAUGACAUAUUAAAAAAGAUGCCUCUGGAUCUUGUGCGGAGUGAACUAUCCAACAGCAUCCUGUCCCUUCAACCGGAGCCUGAAGUUCCACCAGAACUGCCUCCACCCAGACCUCCUGUCCGCUGCUGUUGAUUUGAUUUCAUGUUUUCUGUACUUCACACAGCAGAACAGUGACUGCGAGUCCCUGUGUCUUGCAAUACAAUCCUAAUGAAAGCCCCAUUUUGCACUUCUCUAACAGCAAGCAAGCAAAUUUACCCAGUCAUUAAUGGCAUUGGUUUCGGCUCGUUCUUGGAUCACUUGAAGAGUACGUCAGUUUGCACAAUACAGUGCAUGUGUUUUGAAGUGAUAAGAUUUGCCCAUUAUCUGCAGCGCUGUACUGGAGUGGUUCCUGUAAUGCACUUUAGAACAGGCUCCACUAGCCGUGUAGUUGUUUCUGCUACGGCCUGACAUGCUGCCAGGUGUCAAAUCUCUUUAUUGUAUUUAGACUUGUAUGUGGUGCUUUGCUAACUAUAUUAUCAUUUUGUUCAGAUAUCAAAUGCCCCUAAGGGCAAUGCUUCCAUAAACAGUAUUAUAUUCAGUUUAUUAUAUAAUGCAAAAUACUUUUUUUUUUUAAAAAAAAAAAAAAAAAAGUGUAUACAAUUACUGGAGCUGCCAUGAAUAUUAAUGUUCCAGUGGUUUAUUUUAUUCUUAAGUAUUAUUUAUUAACGUUGAAUUUGUUUUAAGAGUAUUUGUUAUUUUCACUCCCAGAGAUUUGUUUCUUCACUCAGUUACCUGUUACAUUUACCUAGGGUGUAAGCGUAUAUUGCAAUCGCUCAACUUCUCCGGCUCCGUAUGCGCACAUUAAGAUGUGUCAAUCAAAGUAGGCUUAUGUCCAUACAGUAGUGCAGUGAUCCCCAACCAGUAGCUCGUGAGUAACAUGUUGCUCUUCAACCCUUGGAUGUUGCUCCCAGUGGCCUCAAAGCAGGUGCUUAUAUAUGAAUUCCA